AUUGAUAGACGGAAAUGCCCUUCACUGGGCAGGGAAACCAGUCGAGUCUUGUAUACUUUCUUCUUAUUCGUUCGCUCCUCGUCCUCCUAGCUCUGCAAGUAGUUCAUUCAUGGAUUCGUCUCUCAGAUCAACAGGAGACAGAGAGAGAGCUAAUUUUUAGAUUUUUUUUUUCUUUUCGGAUUUCUCUCCAAAAAAGAAUAAAAUGUCUUCGUUAACAUGUACGAAGCUGACGCUAUUCACCAUUGCUGGAGUUGUUAUUCAGAUGGUUGGCCUCUCUAUUUUCGUUUUCGGUUUUUUCCCCGUCAAACCAGCUCUCUCCGGCGUCAGUGGUCCAGAGAGUUAUCGUUCACCUACAAGCCCUUCAAAUCAAAAUCAGAGCGAGAAGGAUCUCUCUUCUAAUCAGCGCAGAUCACUUUAUCAGGAACUAUCUGGGAUCCCUCCUUCAUUUGAUCGUUUAAUACUAAUGGUUAUUGAUGGUCUUCCAGCAGAAUUUGUUCUUGGCAAGGAUGGUAAGCCUCCGUGUAAGACAUUGAUGGAAGCUAUGCCCUAUACUCAAUCAUUGUUAUCGACUGGAAUGGCAGUUGGGUAUCAUGCAAAGGCGGCACCUCCAACUGUUACAAUGCCUCGUCUGAAAGCUAUGGUUUCUGGGGCAAUUGGAGGGUUCCUAGAUGUGGCUUUCAAUUUUAAUACACAGGCUUUAUUAGAUGACAAUCUUCUUGACCAGUUUUUUAAGAUUGGUUGGAAAAUGGUGAUGCUUGGUGAUGAAACAUGGCUUAAGUUAUUUCCUGGGUUAUUUCUGAGGCAUGAUGGAGUUAGCAGCUUCUUUGUUAAAGAUACUGUACAGGUAGAUCAAAAUGUUUCUCGACAUUUGCCGAAUGAGCUUAUUAAACAUGAUUGGGAUCUGCUGAUUCUUCAUUACCUAGGCUUGGACCAUGUUGGACAUAUUGGUGGUCGCAAUAGUCUGUUGAUGGCCCCAAAACUCAAAGAGAUGGAUGAUGUGGUGAAGAUGAUCCAUACAAGUAGUAUCCUGAAUCAAGCAAACAACAAUGGACAUACACUGUUGGUGGUAGUUAGUGAUCAUGGCAUGACUGAAAAUGGUAACCAUGGAGGAUCUUCCUAUGAAGAAACUGAUUCGUUAGCUCUGUUUAUCGGCCUGAAAAGUGAUGUCUCUGAUUAUUUGUUGUCUAAGGAUCACACUGUUUUCCAGGUUGACAUUGCACCAACGUUAGCUCUUCUCUUUGGCGUACCUAUUCCAAAAAACAAUGUUGGUGUCCUUAUUUCAAGAACUUUUUGGCAUUUAACUGAUGACCAACAGCUAAGGGCACUGGAGUUGAAUUCCUGGCAGUUGUUGAGAUUACUGGAAGCACAAUUACCUGGUUUAUCAUGUGGAAGUUCUCCAUAUGAUGGUCUGAUUUAUGAACAAGGAUCCAGAAUAAGCAAGUGCAAUGGUAGCUUGGAGAAGGUCUUUUGCUGCCUAUAUAUGCAUGCUGCAUUUCUUCACAGUUCCUGGAUGUCUAAAGAAGUAUCCAGGUCAACCUAUCGGGAAGAGUACAGUGCCGUUGUGGCAGCUUAUCAUGAAUUUCUAAGAACUGCUAGUGAGUGGUUAUCACGCAGAGCCUCUGAUAGACCUGUGAACCUACUUGCUUUUGGAAUUGCAGCAAUGCUCCUCUCAACCCUAUUGUUGCUGGGUCUUAUAUUUUUCAUCUGCAAAGAAGUUUAUGUUGGAGAGAAGCAAAACCCUUCAGACUUGAAGAAAACCUCGUGGUGGCAUUUAGAUGAGGCUUUUUGUGUGGGUGUUAUAUUAAUUCUCGUCUUAAGUAUGGGAUCAAGUUCUAUGGUGGAGGAAGAGCAGUAUCUGUGGCAUUUUUUUUCUUGCACUUUGAAUUUUUUAUUCAUGCGUAAAGCCAUACAAUCUGUCCAAGGGGGUAGAGCAGGAAAAAAUUUUAGUUUGUUAAAGGAAAAAAACAGAACUGGUUUUCAAAUAGGUUCCAUCUUUAUGCUUCUCAUUUCUGGAAGGGUCAUGAGAGGCUGGCAUCAAGGAGGAGUAAAUUGGACUAAUCUUCCUGACAUAUCUAAGUGGCUUGAGCAGGCUGGGAGUGAUCAUGUAAAAUCAAUUCAGCUAUUCUCAGGUCUCCUAGUGAUCAUCUUAAGUUUGGCUUCUCUAUUUAUAGUGGGAUCAAAUACAAAAUUUGUUCUAGUUGUUGGAUUUAGCUCUUUAAUGUCUGGACUAUUGGUUAUUCUUCAUCUCAUAAAACAUCAGGAUAGCAUGUUUGCCCCAUCCAGUUAUAGUGCUACAUUGUUGGUACAAACAAUUUAUGCACUUGUGGGUACUGUGACACUUGGUACUUCUGUAGCCUUACCAUGGUUUACAACUUCUUGGAUUUAUAAUGCUUCUUCAAAUUCUAUUUUCCAUAUUUCAACUUCCAAUCCCAAUGAACUUCGGCACAAGUCUCUGCUAUUGGAACUAAGAAGUGCUUUGUUUGUCAUUGGAUGGACAUAUAUAGUUUCAUGGUGUCUCCUGCAGCUGGUACUUCAACAACCAAUUAACUCAAUGCCUAUACUAUUGCUUCUUGUACAAGUUUUAGCCAGCAUGAUUUAUUCUUUUUACAGUGGACUGCAUCAUAAGCAAUGGGUUGAGGUUGCUGCGAUUUACUAUUUGGGGAUUGCUGGUCAUUUUGCUCUAGGGAAUAGCAAUUCUCUAGCUACAAUUGACGUUGCUGGAGCUUUCAUUGGCAUCUCAAGUCACUCAACUGUACUUUCUGGUGUUUUGAUGUUCAUGAUCACUUAUGCAUCUCCAAUGUUGGUAAUUCUAAGCAUGGUGAUGUACAUCUCUGUGAAGGACAGCAGCCAUCUGUCAUUUUCCUUGAAUCUUGAGUCUGGACAAAUCCUUCUAAGAAUGCUUGGCUUUCCUUGCCUCGUUCCACUUGGUUUAAACUCCAUUUUGUUGACAGCCUACACCUUCAUAUUGCUGUUAAUGAGGAAUCAUCUUUUCGUUUGGAGUGUCUUUUCUCCAAAGUACCUUUAUGUUUGUGCUUCAACCAUAUGUGUAUAUACCGGAGUCUUUGUUGUGGCUGCAACUACGAUUUAUACACACUUGGUGCUGUUACUGCAGAAACGGAUGCGGAUAUCUGCUCAUGCCGCAAAUCACAAACAUUUUUAAUCUGCUUUAUUAAUGACGAUAUAUUUAAGCUAGUGUUGUAUCAGUGGAAAUUUUGAGUUAUGCACAGUAAAUUUGUUGAGGUAAACUGAUAGAGAUGUCCGUCAAUGGUUGGCGAUAAAUUUUUGUAUCCCUAAUUUAUAGGUAAAGGUGGAUGAAUAUGCAGAAUCAGGAAAAAAGGCUUUUCAUUUU